AUGGAUUCUCCCACGACGGAAGCGACUGCUGAAGAGAACAAUGACGAACUGAAAACACUCAUCAUACAAGAGAUACGAAAUUGUAAAGAUGCCCUCAAGCUUACUAACCUUGAGUGGCAAAAGAUGAAAGAGCAAGAAGCCAGUGUUGUUGAAGCUGAGAAGAAUGCACUGGAUGAAGCCCAUGAACGCAUCAAGCAGCAAGAAUGCACUUACGAAGAAACGAACAAGUUGUUUAAAACCUUGCCGACAAAACAUAAGGCCUUGCUUAUUGAGGAGUCUUUCCAUGCAAUCAAGACUGCAAAAGCGAAACUUCGGGAGGAGAAUUUGUGUCGGGCUCAAGCUUCCACAGCUGCUUACGAGAGAGAGACAAGGAUACUUGAGGGAAUGAUUGUAAAGCUUCAGCAGGUGGCUGAGAUGGCUGGCAUCCUUCUGGACGAUGCAAUCACUGUUGAGCAGAACACUAUUGGUUUCACUAACUCUGCUGAAAACUUUCAACUCUCUCGUCCAGCUUUGCUCUUUCCUGCAGCCUGGUUAAGUCGUCUUGAUGCUGUUUUGGCCCAAGCAACGGUACCUGACCGUCCCGCUUAUGUGCAUGCCGCAUCAGAUGUCCAACGUCGCCCAUUAGGCUCGGGCAUGCAACAGCGUGUCGAGAAAGACCUACGAGAUUAUAUUAAUUCAAGAGUUCAUUCGAAGAAUGAACGUACACUACCGGACAGGACACACAAAGAGACACCACAUGAACCCUCAACACCGGUUCGACCAAAUACUCCAAAGCCUGACCCAGAACGCGAAACGAUGGGUGAUUGGAUGGUAUGUUUUGUAAAACAGGGUCAGGACAUCAUUUGUGAGGUCGAGAAAAGAUACGAGCAUGAGAUCGAUGUGGCCAGCAGGCAGUACGAAAAGGAGGACCGCGCUACCGAAAUAGCUCUCCGAAAGGUUGAUGAACAAUAUUCACGGGCUUUGCGAUUGAAGAAGAUAAUGGAGCUCUUUUGGGAAACAGAGUACACCAAUGAAUGGAACGAAGGAAGGAAGAUUAUAGAUGAGGACCUAAAGUUCAUCCGGCAAGAACGGAAAGAGCUCACCAAUCGCCAGCCCAGAUGCGAGGAACAUCUCCUCAGACGUCAAAAUAAGGCCGGCGCACUCUUGGAAAAGCAGUCAAGGUUCUAUAAGGCUCUUCUUUGUCGAGUCGAAAUGAAGCUGCCAGUCUCAACCAAAACUCGGGCGAACUCAACUGAAGCGUUUGCAAAGCCCAGACCAUCCAUCGCAUAG